GGUGCUGUCAGUAUAUCUGUUUCGCCUUUACGUCCACCUGGUAUGUAUCAAGGACCACCUUAUCAGCAGAUGCCUAAUGGAUACUCGACUAUGCCGCCAGGAUCGAUUCCUCCUCCCGUGUCUUGAUUGAUCAUGGUGAAAAAGGUCGGCAGGCUUCAUCUUGCGCUUUAAAGAUCCCUACUACUUCAACGUCUAUGUUGGUAUGCAUAUAUUCUCUUAGUUUUAUUGAUUUUAAUAAGAAAAAUUGUGGAACAAGGCGUUUCCCCAUUAUAACUAAAGAUGAGUUUUAGGAUGUACAAAAUUCGAAGUUGUCCUAGAUUGUCGAUUGUUCGUGUUUAAUCUUACCUUUUCAUUAUAAUAUUUCACUUUCCCUUAUUAAUCUACCUUCUGGUAGACAUGAAAAUACUUCUCCAUUUUUGCAUUCAUGUGUUCUUGAUUUGCACGACAGAAGACCAUGUGUAGCAAGUGAAUGCUCAUUGCGCUUUGUUCUAAGGUAUUGCAAUUACUUUACUUGAGACAUACAUUUCCCCUUGUUUUUCCAUCUAUUUUUCUUGUUUGUUACAGAGUGUUUUGUGUUAACCAAUAUAGAUACUAAAAAAAUGAAACAUUAUCAUAACUUUACUCUUUGGAUCAUCAAUUGAAUCCCCUUGCUGGGAAUAAGAUAUCUUAAGUCUUAUGUUGGUCAAUUUCCAAUUAGUUCCUGGGUAGCUUUUAAAGGUUGUUAUUCUCCAGAAGAUGCAUAAGGUAAGUCAACUUUACAUAGCCAUAGUUUAUAAGCUGGAUGCUAUUUUCUCCAUGUUGCUUCAGGUUGUCUAUUCAGCUGCUGGUAGUUGCCAUACCUGUGCUGCUCAUCUCUGUUAUGCUUGUAUUUUGUGGAAUGCUUCGUUACCCCAAUCCUUAUGCUUCCAUGGUUCGACCCACAUUUCCUCGUCCACCAGGAACAAUGGGUAUGCUUCCAUUGUUGUCACGUCCUCCUAUGCCAGGGAUUCGUGGAGUUCCUCCAUUUGUCCAGCCAGUUGUCAGGCCAGUUGUCCCUAUUGUUGCUCCGACUGAGAAACCACAAACCACAGUUUAUGUUGGAAAGAUAGCUUCAACUGUAGAAAAUGACUUCAUGUUGCCUCUUCUGCGACUUUGUGGACCUGUCAAGAGUUGGAAGCGUGCUCCAGAAUCAAGUGAUGGAACCCCAAGAAGCUUUGGGUUCUGUGAGUUUGAGUCAGCAGAGGGGGUUCUUCGAGCCCUGCGCCUACUAACCAAAAUCAACGUUGAUGGACAAGAGUUGGUGCUAAACGUUAAUCAAAAAACAAGAGAAUACUUGGAGCGCUAUGUUGAAAAGAAAACUGAGAGGGAGAAAUUGAAGGAAACUGAAACUGAUGGUACUGAAAAAGAAGAAGAGUCUGCUCUUGGAGUUGAGAAGAAAGAACCUCUAAAACCCUCUUUGGAGGACCCAAAGAAGGAUGUUAAUGAUUCAGCUGAUAAUGAGAAACAGGAUACUACUCAGAAUUUCGGGGUUGUUACUGAUGAAGACCGAGAAGCUGAUCAGGAUGUUAUGGAUAAGCUUAAAAAUAUGAUUGAAGAAAGGUUAAAGACCAAACCUCUCCCCCCUCCCCCAGCACCAACUCCUGCCGAUGCUUCUGGAAAGUCGAACUCUGAAGUUCCAACUAAAUCGAGAGAUGCGGAGUCGGAUAUCGAUAUCAUGAAAACUGAUGUAGCGGAAGAUAAAAUUGAUGAUGAGAUGACUAGUGAAAACAAAACUACCAGUGAGCAUGAUAGAGCUGAAACAAGCUCACCUGACAAGAAUAGAAGGCAUGAUAGGAGAAGCAGAGAUAGGGACAGAGAGCGAGAUCUGAAAAGGGAAAAGGAGCGAGAGUUGGAAAGAUACGAGAGGGAAAGAGAGAGAGAAAGGGUAAGAAAAGAGAGGGAAAGAGAAAUAAAAAUACGGGAGGCCGAGCGGUUGUACAAGGAGCGGGUUAAGGAAUGGGAGUCUAGAGAAAGAGACAGAGAAUAUCAGCGCCAGCAUGAAAGAGAGCGGGAGAAGGAGAGGGAACGUGAGCGCAAGAGGGAGAUCAAUGAUCAGGAGAGUGAUAGUGAUGAUGACAGCUCAAGGAAAAGGAGGCGUAGGAGUAGUAUGGUUGAGGAGAAGAGGAAAAAGAGACUACGGGAAAAGGAGGAGGACAUGGCGGACCGAAUAAGGGAAGAGGAAGAAAUUGCUGAAGCAAGGAGGAGAGCAAUCGAGGAGCAGCUGCAAUGCAAAAAUGAACCCGAGAAUGAUCCAGAUCAAGUCAAUGGUGGAAUGGAGGAUGUUGUCAUGGAAGAUAAUGCUGUUGAGGAUCGGGAGGAUGCAGUUGAAAAAGCAAAUGAGAUCGAUUCUGUUACGGGCAAUCACACUGAUGACGUGGCGAUGGCCAAUGGUAAUAGUGGUGAUGACUCGAGCAUGUUAUCAGUUAGUGCUUCUGAUAAUAGGCAUUGCAACGUUCCAGCUCGGAAGUUAGGGUUUGGUCUGGUAGGAUCAGGAAAACGAACAACUGUACCUUCUGUUUUUCAUGAAGAGGAUGAUGAUGAGGCAAGCAAGGAUAAAAAGAUGAGGCCUUUAGUUCCCAUUGAUUAUUCUACAGAGGAAUUACAGGCCGUACAACCUACUGCUGCUUCCGGGGCAGCACCACCAAAUUUGGCUGCGGCAGCAGAAUUUGCUAAACGUAUUUCCAGUGUUAAUCCCAAAGAAGAAAGGUACGAAGUGGAAAGGGAUAGAAAUAGACGCUCUGGUGACAGGUUGAGUCACCGUGAUCGAGAUCGAGACCGGAACGAUGAGGAGAGUAAUCAUGUAAGAGAUGAGGUGAGAGACAAGGCUCAUGACAGGGAAAGAGAGCGAGAACAUGGUCUAAAUAAGCUCAAGACACCAGAAAAUAAGAAGCUUUUGGACGCGAAACAGUUGAUUGAUAUGAUACCAAAGACAAAGGAGGAGUUGUUUGCAUAUGACAUAAACUGGGACGUGUAUGAAAAGCAUGAGCUACAUGAAAGAAUGAGACCAUGGAUUUCUAAGAAAAUUACAGAAUUCCUUGGGGAGGAGGAGCCGACAUUGGUUGAUUAUAUCGUGUCUAGCACCAAAGAACAUGUUCGUGCAUCCCAAAUGCUGGAGCUGCUUCAAUCCAUCUUGGAUGACGAGGCAGAAAUGUUUGUGCUUAAAAUGUGGAGGAUGUUAAUCUUUGAGAUCAAGAAAGUAGAGACGGGUCUCUCCUUGAAGCCCAAGGCUUGACCACCAGAUUCAUGUUUUUCGUUUUCCUUGUUCUCUAGCUGUAUUUGUUCGUCGCAGUCUAUCUCCUUGUUAUUUGUCCAAGUACACAUCAGACAGAAAGGAAAGAUUUAUUCAAUAGCAAUCAAUACCAAUUUUGUGCUUCGAAAUUGACCA